CGAGUUAUCUCUCCAAGUGCGGGCUCCGAGUACAUACCUGACAAAAACGUGCACUGUCGCUUUUUUUUUUCCGCUACGUCACAACGUUGGGCUCACGGUCGCUUCCAACCGCCGGCCGGGACUUUGGGCGAUUGGCAAGACAGCAUUUAGUUGACCACAUUCGAAGGUCCAGCCCGGCCCACCUGACGCCCAAGCAAUAUUCACCUCCUCCUGCCAGCUUCAUUCCACUUCCUCCCCGCUACCCGCUUUCAACCUCCCAAAUAUCAGCCAAAAUGGUUUAUGAGUCGUUGAACCUGUAUAUGUCUAGCGAGACUUUCACUUUCGAGCCAGUGUACCUCGAUCCUUCUGUCCGAAGAGAAACUCUAGUGAUAAACAGACAGGAUGGCUCGCUGCAGCUGAAUGCACCUCCGGCACCAACGCUGAGGCAGGAAGAGGUGGUACAGAUUCAUGGCCUGAUUGGUAUCAUCAAACUGAACGCAGGGGAUCACAUUGUUGUCAUCACCGAUCGCGAGCGAAUUGGCCAACUAUCGGGCCAUGACAUCUACAAACUGACCGGGCACAAAAUUAUCCCUGUGCAAAGAAGCAGAUUGCAUUUAACUGAACAACAGAUUCAGGACGAUGUGAACUAUGUUGUAAUGCUAGACAACCUACUUGAAUCUGGCUUCUUCUACUUCUCAUACACAUAUGAAAUCGCGAACACCCUCCAACGGCAAUCUAUUACGGCACCCAAAAACGAACCGCUUUGGCGCAGGGCAGACGAGCGUUUCUUCUGGAAUCGGUAUAUGCACAGGCGGUUGAUGGAAUUGAGUUCUACGAAAGCCGACAACGAUCUAAGCAAUUUUAUCCUGCCGAUCAUGUGUGGAUUCAUCGAAAUCAAGCGGGCCGCCGUUAAUGGACAUAGGUUCACGUUUGCUCUUGUUAGUCGCCGUAAUCACCACCGUGCAGGCACUCGUUAUCACUCGCGAGGUGUCGACGACGACGGCAACGUCUCAAACAACGUCGAAACUGAACAAAUUGUGAUUGCUGAUUCGGGCCAUAAGACCGCCUAUGUCCAAACACGUGGGUCGAUCCCGCUAUACUGGAAGCAGACAGCCAACAUCAGAUAUCAACCGAAACUAGAAAUCGAUGCCAAUCCACGGACAUCUGCAUCGUUCAAGAAACACUUCACCGAUCAGCUGGCUCUCUAUGGGAAUCAAAUUGUUGUCAAUUUGAUAAAUAAGAAAGGUUACGAGCAUCGCUUGGGUGAUGAAUUUGCGAAACACAUCCGACUCUUGAAUGAACCUCGUAUCAGAUAUGUCCACUUCGAUUUUCACCACGAAUGCCGUAACAUGCGCUGGGAUCGUAUAUCAGUGCUCCUGGAUGAUAUUCGACCGGAGCUGGAACAACAAGGUUAUUUCCACAUCGAUGACAAAGGCACUGUUCGUCAACAGCAAACGUCAGUUGUUCGCACGAAUUGCAUGGACUGCCUAGACCGGACCAACGUUGUUCAAAGUGUUUUGGCGAGGGCUUCGCUGAGAAACCAGCUUGUUGAAUUAGGGAUCCUGCCUCCAAAUGGAAAGGUGGAGGAUGCCGUUGAACUGGAGAAAAUGUUCAAGCAUGUCUGGGCAGACAAUGCGGAUGAAGUUAGUCGGCAAUACAGCGGUACAGGUGCCUUGAAGACGGAUUUCACAAGAGGUGGAAAGAGAACGCGAGCGGGUGCGAUCCAAGACUUCCGUAACUCCGCCAUUCGGUAUUUCAAGAAUAACUUUCUGGAUGGCUCCCGACAGGAUGCCUUUGAUCUGUUCUUAGGUGUUUAUCAAGUCAAUCCGACAUUGGCCUCACCAUUUCUUCAACAAUCUAAGCCUGUGCGCUACCUUGCGCUGCCGCUCGGGAUAUUUGGAAGCAUAUUCAUGAUUAUGUUUAUCUUCUUGGGAACACCAUAUUCCCUUUAUUACCAACUGGCGUUCAGUACUAUGUGGUUUGGAAUCAUGGUUGUAUGCUUGAAGCUGAUCGUCAAGUAUGGGUCAGAUUACGUUGAUCUUCCUCGGUUGGCGGCGAAGGUCGUCUCAAAUGCCGCGGCCGCCGGCGAACAAUAUGAGCUUGACGCGCUUAGGGGCGUGAAUGUGGACGCUGGCAAAGCCGGAAAGAGUGCUAAUCCCAUGCCCGAGAGUGUCAAAACCUUUGGCCGACAAAAGGAAACUUAGAGCUCUAGAAGGUAGAUUAUUUAUCGUGCGGCCGGUUGGACACGUCGGUAUAGCCCUCUGUCAAAUGACAAUUGCUAUGAAAUAUGCAUCUUUAAAGCAGAGUUAUAUACAAUGUACUUGGACCCUUAUCAGCCUAAUCUAGAGGGGAGAGAUCUAGUCGUCGCCGAGACGGUACGCUACUAAAGCAUCAACUUUAUGGACACUUGUCGAGAAACUUCGC